UUCAUUUUAAGCGCAGCAUCACACAUAUAGAGAUAAGAGCUGCCAGAAGCAACCAGAUUGCGCUGAAUUGAACCAUCCAGCAGGUUUUUUUUAGGAACAGAAGAAAUUGGACCUGUCUGCUCAUUUUAGUUAUUUUAUUACUACCUGUUUCUGAAGAUGGAGCGAAAAAUCCCCGAUUUCUCUGGCACCUGGGAGAUGAAAAGCUCGGAAAACUUUGAGGAGCUCCUUAAAGCAUUGGGGGUGAAUGUCAUGCUACGUAAGAUUGCAGUGAAAGCCGCUUCGAAGCCGCUGGUAGAAAUCUCGCAGGAUGGGGAGACGCUGUCCAUCAAAACAUCCACCACAGUCCGCACAACGAACAUCACAUUCACUGUGGGGCAGGAGUUCAACGAGUCAACAGUGGACGGGCGCCCAUGCACAAGUUUACCUGUUUGGGAAACAGACAGCAAAAUCAGCUGUGAGCAGACUCUGCAGAAAGAAGGGCCCAAGACAUCCUGGACCCGAGAGAUCACCAGUGACGGCAAGCUGAUCCUGACCAUGAGGGCAGAUGAUGUGGUCUGCACCAGAGUCUACGAACGACAAUGAGCAAGAGCACUUCUCACUUUUUCAAUCCUCUCUCCUCUUUUACUGGUCACUCCUUCCUGUGCAUUGGGAGACACAAAUAUGAAGACUUAUUCCAGUUAACCUGUUAGUUCUACCAUAUAUUAAUGUGCCGAUUGUGUUUAGCAUGUCACAUUUAAAGCCUGAGCUUUGUUUUUAUUUUCCUUUCAUGUUAUCCGAUCUGAGCAGCUUAAUUUUUAGACAUGAACUUGUUUGUUGCAUCGACGUGCUAAAUUGCAGCUCACUCAUAUGUUGUCUGUACCUCUGUGUAAUUGAUAGUUGCACUGCAGCAGGAGGAGGUGAGAUAUAAGACUAUAUUUUUUAGAUGUGUAAACCAAUCCACAAGCGCUUCCUGUAUUAGGUCAGUUUUAACCUCUGUCUUCUCUGUUCCUCUACAAUGCCCCCACACCCCAUCCCAACUAAUUUUUCUUUGUAUUUAUAACUAUAACGAUUUUUACAUUAUGUCUCUUUUUUCUAUGAAAUGAUAAUAAAACACUUUUCUUGUAAAAAUAAAAAAAACAUAAA